AUGGAUAAAUUGCAUCAUGGUUUGUGCUAUGAGUCACUCCAGCUAAAGGAUUUGAAUAUUUACCUGGAAGCCGGUAGUUUUCCUAGUACAGACUGCUACAUCCGUACAGCAGGAAGUCCAUGUUCCUUCUCCACGCCAAUAAGUCAUAAUAGAAUGUCUUGUAAUUGUAGCAGUCCAGAAUCCAGAUUGAGAAGCAAAGCAAGGAGUUUCAAAGGCACACCAUCAAUUAUAAGGAAAAGAAGUUCAAAAACUUUGAGACAAGCUGGCGAUGCAACUUAUAGUGAUCGUAUUUUGGCACUAGAAGCUGAUAAUGGCUUCCGGUCACUAGGUUCUUGUUCGUCUGACAAAGAUGAUGGUGUGGAUCUAUUAAACAAGAAGCAGCUUUUUCUUUCUCCUCCAAAAUCUCAGAAGCUUGAAACUUCAGAAGACAUGAAGUCUAUAGAAAAACGCUUGGAAUAUGCUUUUAACGUAGAAGGCUCUGAAGCCGGUCCUAAGGUUUGGUCCAUGAAUCCAAAACUAGGAGCAUCACUACCAGGACGGUUAGUCAAAGGUUUUCUAGCAGACGUUGGAAUCCAUGCUUCUCUCCCUCAAAACUCUUUUUCCAAAGAUUUCUAUUCUGAUAUCUUUCGCGAUCUCCUCAAAGCCGACAAUGUCCAACGUCGCCUCGUCUCCUGCAUCGUCCCUGUCUUACCUGUUAUUGGUAAUUACUUCGGUAGCCUACAUGGAGGGGCUGUUGGAGCUAUAGCAGAGAGAGUGUCCGUUGCUUGUGCUAGAACUGUAGUGGCUGAUGAUAAAAAACUGUUUCUUGGUGAAUUGAGCAUCUCUUAUCUCUCUGCAGCAAAACUAAAUGAGGUGUUGAUGGUUGAAGCGUCUGUAGUGAGGAGUGGAAGGAAUUUGACUGUAGUUGCAUCCGAGUUCAGAAUCAAGAAAACCAGAAAGUUGGUCUAUACUUCUCGUGCUACCUUCUAUCACAUGCCUGCUGCCAAUGGAUCCAAGCUCAAGGUUAAAAGGAUCUUUCAUGCUGAAGGGUAA